GCCACCCCUGUUCGUGGCCUCGCUUGGCGCCGUCUGUGCACUGGGGACCCUUGAGCUGCCUGAGUUCUGAGUGUUCCUGCCCUGGCCCCACCUGCUGCCCGGGCUCUGUCCCAGGCAGGUCCCAGGCACCGGGCUGCUCCCCAGGCUGCAGUGGGUAUAAGACGUGCAGUCACCUUGAGGGAGGGGUUUUGGUCCUGCCACCCGGGAGUGGUCCCAAGUAACCACAGCCCAGCCAUGGGGACUGCGCUCGUGUACCAUGAGGACAUGACGGCCCCCCGGCUGCUCUGGGACGACCCCGAGUGCGAGAUUGAGUGUCCCGAGCGCCUGACUGCAGUCCUGGACCGCCUGCGGCAGUGCGGCCUGGAGCAGAGGUGCCUGCGACUGUCAGCCCGCGAGGCCUCGGAGGCAGAGCUGGGGCUGGUGCACAGCCCGGAGUACGUGGCCUUGGUUCGGGGGACCCAGGUCCUGGGCAAGGGGGAGCUACAGGCGCUGUCCAGACAGUACGAUGCCGUGUACUUCCACCCGAGUACUUUUCACUGUGCCCGGCUGGCCGCGGGGGCUGCGCUGCAGCUGGUGGACGCCGUGCUCCUGGGAGCUGUGCACAAUGGGCUCGCCCUGGUGAGGCCCCCUGGGCACCACAGCCAGAGGGCAGCCGCCAACGGGUUCUGCGUGUUCAACAAUGUAGCGAUAGCAGCUGAACAUGCCAAGCAGAAACACGGGCUGCACAGGGUCCUGGUCGUCGACUGGGACAUCCACCACGGCCAGGGCAUCCAGUACAUCUUUGAGGAUGACCCCAGUGUCCUUUACUUCUCCUGGCACCGAUAUGAGCAUGGGCGCUUCUGGCCUUUCCUACGAGAGUCAAAUGCAGAUGCCGUUGGAUGGGGACAGGGCCGUGGCUUCACUGUCAAUCUGCCCUGGAACCAGGUCGGGAUGGGAAAUGCUGACUACAUGGCUGCCUUCCUGCACCUGCUGCUGCCGCUGGCCUUUGAGUUUGACCCUGAGCUGGUGCUAGUCUCCGCAGGAUUUGACUCAGCCAUCGGGGACCCUGAGGGGCAGAUGCAGGCCACGCCGGAGUGCUUCGCCCACCUCACACAGCUGCUGCAGGUGCUGGCCGGCGGCCGAGUCUGCGCAGUGCUGGAGGGCGGCUACCACCUGGAGUCACUGGCACAGUCGGUGUGCAUGACGGUGCAGGCACUGCUGGGGGACCCGGCCCCGCCCCUGCCGGGGCCCCUGAUGCCGUGUCAGAGUGCCCUGGAGUCCAUCCAGAGUGUUCGAGCAGCCCAGGCCCCUCACUGGGUGAGCCUCCAGCAGCAAGACGUGGUCGCCGCACUGAGUCCCAGCGCCCGCUCCCCAGAGGGGAGGCCCCUGCCUGUGCCGCCCGGGGGCCGUGCAUGCGAGGCAGCAGCUGCUGUGCUGAGCUCCCUCCUGGACCAGCGGCGCCUCCACCCCACACCCCCCGUCCGCACGGCCGUUGCCCUGACCGCGCCAGAUGCCACCCUGGUCCUGCCCCCUGAUGUUCUCCAUCAGGAGAAAUCAGCACCGAGGGAGGAGGCAGAGACCUGGGCCAGGCCACAUGCAUCCCUGGCCCCGGAUGAGGCCCUCGCUGCACUUGGGAAGCUCCUGUACCUCUUAGAUGGGAUCCUGGAUGGGCAGGUGAGCAGCGGUAUCGCAGCCAUCCCGGCCUCUGCUGCAGUGGCCAUCCUGGAUGUGGCCAUUCGGAGAGGGCUGUCCCGUGGCGCCCAGAGGCUGUUCUGUGUGGCCCUGGGACAACUGGACCGGCCCCUGGACCUCCCUGAUGAUGGGAGGACUCUGUGGCUGAGCAUCGGGGGCAAAGAGGCAGCUGCCCCCUCCAUGUUCCACGUCUCCACACCACUGCCAGGGAUGACUGGUGGGUUCCUGAGCUGCGUCUUGGGCCUGGUGCUGCCCCUGGCCUACGGCUUCCAGCCUGACCUGGUGCUGGUGGCCCUGGGGCCUGCCCAUGGCCUGCAGGGUCCCCAAGCGGCUCUCCUGGCUGCAGUGCUGCGGGGGCCCGCAGGGGGCCGAGUCCUGGCUCUGGUGGAGGAGGAGUCCACGCCCCAGCUGGCCGGGGUCCUGGCCCGGGUGCUGCACGGAGAGGCGCCUCCCAGCCUGGGCCCUUUCUCGGGGGCCGCUCCGGAGGACGUCCGAGCCCUCAGGGAACUCAGGCGGCAGCUGGAGCCACAGUGGAAGAUGCUGCAGGUGGCGGGUGAGGCCGGCUGAGGACGCGCGGCCCUGCUGGGCGCGGCGGCCAGGGCUGGAGCAGCCGCGACGGCGCGCUCUCCCGCCUCCUGCUCCAGCGCCGUCCUCCCGAGGCAGCGCGGAACCGGCCGCGGCGGGAGUGUCAGCGCCGCAGAAGUAACAGCACGCGCCGGUCCCAGCCCGGCCACAAUCCCCAGCUCAGCACCGCCCGCCGCCUCCCGUCCCCAUCGUCCCUC